AAUAUUGUUUAGAUCGUAACUAUUACCCAUUUCGAGAAUGUUCUAUAAUGCAGAACUAGACUGAGAGGUCUUUCCCAAGCUCACCACAGUAUUUGAUCUGCGAUGUCGACUCCACUUUUUCCUCUUGGGGCAGGUCUUUUCGCGGACGGUGGUGGCACUAGCAUUGACGAUCUGUUUCUUUGCAGAAGGUAUGUCGAUCUACCCAAAUACUUUGACCCAAAUCUACUGUUUUUCGGAUCAGGAGAUGGACCUUUGAAACUGUGCCAACAAUUGAUGGAUACCGUGGUGAAUUCACCGAGUCUUUUGGCUGUUAGACCUUCCAUUAGUCUGUUGAGUAUGAUUCCGUCUGUGAUGGAAGAACUGCCUUCAACAAUGAAAGGACUUCAAAUUGUUGCCUUCGGCAAGAAAUACAACUGGAAAGAAGACGACAUCGAAGGCGUAGUUUACGUUACGGAUUACCAAUCUCUGCGAUUAGACGGGUGGAAGAAGAAAAAAGAUAUUGCGGUCGAGGACUUUCUCGAGAGUUGGAAGAUUCCCAGAGACCGUUUGUACGGUGUGAUUUUUCAAGAAAAAGAACCUUUGUGUUCAAGCUGGAUACGCUCUGCUGAGGUUUUCAACUUCAGAAAGCGGUUAGCGGAUGUUUUGCAUGUGAAAACAGACAACGUUUUCUGGAUACAGACACAACAGGAGAUUCCCAAUUUCCUGUCUGUAACUAUGGGUAAAAUUUAUCGUUGGCGAGAAGACAAAGAAAGUGAGGAGAAUGAAAAAAUUGUACGGGGCAAAGUGCAACAGAGUCAGACUAAAGAAGAAAGGCAGAAAGAACUACUUGAACCUACAACAAUGCUUUAUGGUGAACUAGCAGAGAAGAACGGGAUUGUUCUUGCUGAAGGUGUUUGAUGUCAUUUUGAGGAGUUCACUAGUCAGAAUGCAUUUGCAAAUAGCAGUUUCUGUCACACAAUUGUUGUGAACAAUGUUCGUAGUGACUUCACUAGCUUACUGAAGCUUGUCUUACUUCAAGUCAUAAGAUUACGUCUGCAAAUGCAGUUAAGUCAUACAACAUACCAGUUUGACAUAUAUUCAGUUUGUGUUGUCAUUGAGUAAUUUGCAGUUUCCUCAUUAAAUCUUAUUUUUGUAUUA